AUGUACCACUACAGGCCCUCAACUCGAAUGAAGCUGUCGUGCGCGAGAUGCAGAACUAGGAAGCUGCGAUGCGACAGAAGAGAACCCGAAUGUAAAAGGUGCUUAGAUAGCGGCCUUGUAUGCUCAUAUCCGCAGACAAGAAAGCCUCGAACUACUCGAAGCUCCGAGCUCCACCACCUGGGCCAUCGGCUGGAGGCACUCGAGGAGCCUUUCCCUUCUAAGACAUGCAUGCUAACGGAGGCACCAUGGAUCUAUCGCAUGGUCAGCGGAGCCAAGGACAACGUCGAACACCUCACUAGCAACGCUUUAGCGUCCUGGACGCGGUCCACUGUCGACAAUGCGAUCACCCGGCUGGACACAGCUCUGGUCAAUUUGGCUGCCCCAAGCCCUAGACCCGAUCACAAUGUCCGCGAUGAACCGAUAAAUCGCUUGCCAGUCAGCGACAUCAAGCGAUUCAUAGAUGUAUUCCUCGAAGUCAUUCUUCCCAACCUAAGCAUAUUCGACUCCUUUGCAACCCUGGUGGAUUCCGAAUUCUUGGGAGCCAUUCCCCAUGUUAUUGGUUCACCGUAUGCCAUGAUUGAGCCAGCCAUGCAGGUUAUCUACUUCAACGCGAUAUAUUUUGGGCAAACUGCUGGCACAGGUGCAGAACAAAGAGCAGCAGCGAAAACAUACUAUCGAUGCCUCCAAGUCGUUCCGAAGUGGCUAGCCUCGUCCCAAGGCUCGCACCUGGACCUUAUUGCUGCUUCCCUAACGGCAUGGAUGGGAAUCAACAACUUUGACUACCAUUUGUCAUGGCAGUUCCACCACGAGGCUUGUCGCUUCGGGGACCUACUAGGCAUCCACGAUGUAGAUUCACUCCCGACGGGCACUGCGCAAGACGAAAUCGAAAAGGAUGUCAAACUCCGAAUGCACUGGUAUCUGGUGGAAAUGGACCUUCUCUUCAGAAUCUGGUACGACAAGCCCACGGCUCUGGGGUGUCCCAUCGGCCAGGUCCGACUGCCAGCGGAGAUAUCACCGCAAACCAAGCAGCCCAAGCCCCACAAAUGCAUCCUGUUCCUGGUCUGGUCUCGAACCCUGUUCAUCAUGGCCAACUUCAUCGAUCAAUUCGAGUCCAGUACGGCCAGUAACCAUCUCAAUAGCACGGCGGAUACAUGCUGCAUGGAGCUAGAAAUGCUGGUCAGUGACUGGGACCUCUUAUCACUAGCCAGAUCGCCCAGCCUGGGCUGGGUGAAAUCUUGGCUCUUUCUCGAGACGGCCAUCGCCUUGCAUCUUUUCAUCAUCUUCGUGAGGCGGAAGAUGUCAAGCGCGGAGCAGAUUGUGCAUCCACAAGCAGUUCGUUCCGCUAGACUUAUCAUCAGCAUUAUCCUCGAGAAGUCGGAAUCUCCAAUCCCGCCCUGGGGGAAACAGGAUGACUUUCAGACACAUGAGUACGAAAAUGACCUCCGCACGCUCGACAGGGUGGUAAACAUGAUGGCCGCGGCAGCCGCCAUCCGCCCCGACUUCGCCCCAAUCGCCGACGCCGUGAGUGCCCUGAACGAUGUCUGCCGGGCAUUUCACUCGAGACAAAAGAAGUCCGCUUUUACCAUCAACUCCGCAGACAGGCCACCGGACAAUCAAUUACUUGUGUGGCCCAACGAACAAGAAGCCUGUUCGUCGACUGUUGCAGACUUGCCGCCGCCCGAGGCUCUCCAGAACCUCGCCUUCAUGAUGCCGCUUCAGACAAAGGAGGCACUGGAUGAUGCGUUCGGGAUUCCCUUUCAACUUCAACAUCAGGUUGCACCCAGCACGCAGUCUGGUCUGGUCACGGAGAUGGAGAUAGCACGGCCCAUGGCACAACCAUUGGACAUCGUGCGGGAGGUUGAGAAUGAGUUGACCUGGCGCAACUGGCACGAGAGCUGGUGGAAUUUUCAAGCACCCGGACCUAGCUGA